CAUCCUCCCCGUAACCAAGCAUGUUUGCUGACGAAGCUCUGGACUCAGUGAGUGUCCGGUCACUGUGGCGGAACUCCCAUCAGUCUGAGCAGGAGUCGAGAGGCUGCCAGACCAGAGCGGUGCUCAGUGCUGAGGCAGAGAUCCAGACUACAUCCACUGCCGUCAGCUGUACCCAGACGGAGCCACAGGACCAAGUAACGGAGCAGCUCUUCCAACAAAACCAUGACGAGCCAGAGCCUCCAGGCCUGAAGGACUUCCUGCAGCGGGUUGAGGACACGGUCAUCAGAGAAUUGGUCAAAAAUGCCAGGAGUCAUGCCUUUGAUGGGUUCCAGGCCAACUGGGUUGAUCACAGUCAGCUGGUUUCAUGCCUCCAUUGCCUUCAACAUCCCAUCGCUCAAGAGAGAGGUCUUCAUGUAACAAGCGUGUCCUGGAAUUGUACGGGUUCAGUUAUUGCCUGUGCAUAUGGCCGGAUCGACGAUGGAUGCUGGAGCACCGAGAGGUCGUACGUUUGCACGUGGAAUCUGGAUCGCCGAGCCCUCAGCCCCAAACAAGCAGACCUGGUCAUAGAUGUUCCCACUGCAGUCACCGCUCUGUGCUGUCAUCCCAACCAGCCGGCCCUCAUCGCAGGGGGUUUGUACAGUGGAGAGGUGGUGGUCUGGGACACCAGUCAGACUCAGGAUCCUGUGCUGGCCCUAACUGGGAUGUCAGCAGACAGCCACAGGGAGCCUGUUUAUCAGGUUGCAUGGGUACCUCUGCAGAAGAAAGGGGAGUUUGGGGUGCUGAGUGCCAGUUCAGGAGGACGGGUGCUGCUGUGGAUGGUGGACUCCGACCAGGGCGGGUUUGUCCUGAAUGCCGCCUACGCCUUAGUACGACAGCAGGUUCCUCACAGCAGCAGCGACACCUUCAAGGCCCGAGGCAGCAGCACCGUGGGUGUCACCUCCCUGGCCCUGUCUCCCUGGGACCCUGACACCUUCCUGGUGGGCUCUGAGGGCGGCCUGCUGCUCAGAUGCUCCUUAUCCUCCAAGACCCUGGCGGCCACAGCCUCCGAGGGCCAGAGCGUGACGCUGAGAGCUCCAGCAGUCUUCUCAUUCAGGCCUCGCAGCGGCCCCAUCCACUCCAUCCACUGCUCCCCUUUCCACAGGAACCUGUUUGUGAGCGCAGGGACUGACGGUCUGGCCCACGUCCACUCUAUGCUGCAGGCGGACCCUCUUCUCUCUCUCAGGGUUUCAGAGUCCUACGUGUUUCAGGUGCAGUGGUCUCCAACCAGACCACUGGUGUUUGCUGCAGCCACAGGACAAGGUGAGGUGCAGAUAUUUGACCUGGGCCGCAGGUCUCUGAGACCAGCAGCCACCAUCCAGCAGGGAGCAGCAGGCCAAGCUGCGACUUGUUUGUCCUUCAACCGUCAGAACCCCCACCUCUUGGCCGUGGGGAGCGCAGACGGGAAAAUCGGUGUUUGGCAGCUGAGCACGGAUUUGACGGAGCAGAGACCCAGAGAGAGCAGCCAGCUGGAGCAGAUAGCCAAUCAGAUGGCAGAAUGAGACACGUUCUACCUGGGACAGAUUGCUGCGACGAUGUCAACUGUGAACACAAAUCUCAAAGACUGAAAAGAACUAAAGCGUGGAAGUGAAAUAAAAACGAGUGAGUGGAGGUUUCCAG